AUGUUCAAUUUAUUCGAAUGUGAAACUAUUUGUCUACUUUAUAUCCUUGCCCUUCACUUCAAAGAGUUGAGCAUCUUUAAACCAGCUUCAUCACGUGCUCCGAAUGCUGAAACGUACAUUGUUGCCAUUGGAUUUCGUGGUAUUGCUCCUGAAGUACUUAACUCUCUUCUUUCACUUGUGUCACCAACAUUUCCUCAUGGUAAAUCACUCUUAUCACGUGAGUCAAUUCCUCCAUCGUUUCUGAAAGCUGUGAUUGAAAUCGCUGAUUAUUUUACCAAUAAACAAAUACAGGCACUUGAAAGGAACCUUGACCUAGAACAAAAGUGGAAUAGAAAUGUCCAGCAAGCUGUAUGGCAGUUAAAUCAAGAUAUUGCGCGUGACUUUCGACGAGAAUGUUUGAUUGAUAAAAAUCCAAAAAUCCAACGUAUUGUAGCAGAUCCUAUACUUGACGGAUCGGCCAAAGCAUUAGGUAAUAGUGCAUCGCAAGCGAAAGGUGGAUUGCGUGCGCGAGCAGGUGGUACACUCGAAGAUCGGCAAGAUAGGAAACGUAAGCGAGAAGAGUUUUUAACGACUAGUGAUACUGGUGAUGGUGACAACAAAAAUGAAGAUGAUGAAGAAGGUCCAAAGAAAAAACGCAAUUUAGGACAUGGAAGCAGUAUCAUUGUGGGAAGAAAAGAAUCACUAAGAGCUUCGAUGAAUGAUACAAACGAGAUGGAAGUUGAAUUAUCGGACAUCCAACAACGCCCAGAAUCUGCUGCUACCUCAUGGGCUAAGAAAAUAUUGGAGAAAAGUGGUUUUGUUGAAGGUCAAGGUCUCGGUAGAGAUGGACAAGGCCGAACGACUCCUAUAGAGGCUGCCAUGGCACAAACUCAUCUUGGUUUCGGUCAUCAAGAUAGAUUAUCAAUGCAAUCAUCUUCUUUUUCUGCUCCACCUUCAGUUCCUGACGAACCAUUAUUCUUGGAAUCCGAUAAACCUAUUUCAGCUCAUCCGUCUGCUCUGGCUAAUCUUGUUUUACUACUCGAUCGUCAACCAAUUACUAGCAGUUCAAAUCUCCGUUCGACGGAUCCCUUUGAAACAGAUGAUAUCAAGGAAAAAGCAUUUGAAUUGAUAUUUAUUCCACGUCACCCAAUACAGAAACCUGUCGAACCGGAUUCAGGCAUCACUUUGCCAGAAGGUUGGUCUAAAGAAUGGAGUCGAAGCAACGAACAAUUCUACUAUUUCAACCAAAAUACAGGCGAAUCACGUUGGGAACCGCCGAAACAUAACUAA